AUGGAAGAUAUACGUAAACGUAAAGCUCUGAAGAUGCGGAAUAUUACGGUUGGGAAUCAACAAUGUAUGAAUCUGAUUAAAAGUCAACGAAAUGGAAACCACUUGAAUGAUGGAAUUGGUGAAAGACAAAAUAGAAAUAAAUUUAAAUCUGAAUGGAAUUUAAAAAAUCAAAGGAAUGGAUGUAAAAAUUCGGACGGAAAUAACGGUAAAUGGAAGGACAAUGUUCGAAUCAAUCAAAAAGAUUAUGGAAUAAGGAAUGGAAAUGAACGUGAAAUUAAAUUGAAUCGGAAUGCUCACUGCUGUCAAAGAGAUUAUGAAGGAUCAAGUGGAAGUAUAAAUGAAAUCAAAUGGAACAGAAAUAUGCUAAUAGAUCAAAAUGAUUAUGAAAAAUCGAGUGGAAAUAGUAAAAGAUAUAACGCUACGGGUCAAAGUGAUGAUGAUGAUGAAUUAGAUGGAUAUGGAGCAAUAUAUAACGGGAAUAUUCGUAAGGGUCAAAAUGUUCAGGAAGAAUCGGGUAGAAGUGGAAUUCGAAUCAAACAAAACGGAAGUAGCAGUCAAGGUGAUAUUGAAGAGCGGAAUAGAAAGAGAGAUAAAAUUAAAAGGAAUGGAAAUUUAAUGGAUCAAAGUGAUGGUGAUGAAUUGAAUGAGAAUGAAGAAGGUGAAUGCAAUGAAAGUGAUCGAAUAAAUCAAAUUGAAAUUGAAGAAACGAUUGGAAAUGGAACUCAGCAGAAUAGUGGAAAUGGCGAAGAAGCAAAUAAUGGCUUUCCGCGGAAGACAAAAACAUUGGGACUUCUUUGCCGGAAAUUCUUUCUGAAAGUACUUGAAUAUGUAGAAUCUGGUGAUGACAAAAUCAAUCUUGAAACAAUCGCAUGUUCUAUGGAAGUUGAGAAGCGUCGAAUCUACGAUGUCGUAAAUGUUAUGGAAGCUUUAGGAGCUAUGGAAAAAUCACACAAAAGUUUCUAUACUUGGAAGGGUCUAGAUAAUUUGCCAUCUACUCUACAUACCCUCAAGAUGCAGGCAAAUAAAGAAGGUAUAUACGAAAAAGUUUUAAUGACACAGCAUAUAAUGACACGAUUCAUGGAAAUACCGAAUAGGAAUGGAAAUAUCAGUGCAUCUGUCAAUGAUGCUGGACCAUCGCAUACAUCUGAUGACAAUAGCUUUGCCAUUGAAGAACAGUCAAAUUCAUUAGAAAAUAAUGAUAGCGCAAAUGUCUUAUCGAGGCAACCUGGUUCGAAAAAAAAGGAAAAUAAACGCCAACGUGGAUUAAACUCGCUAACAUAUUUAUGCAGAUAUUUUUUCAAGAUUUUAAUUGUUGGAUUGGACUAUCAACCUGAUUAUAAGGUAAGUUUGGACGUUGCAAGUACCAUACUAAUUAAGGAUCCCGAAAUUGAUGGUUGCAAGCCACCGGAUCGUAGUCGAUGCCGGCGAAUCUACGAUGUUGCAAAUGUUCUGAUUUCAUUGCGAUUAAUUGAACGUAGAAUGUUUACUUUUGGAACGAAGAAAAUUCCACUCUUCGUCUAUUGUGGCCCCAAAAUUAUUGAAAAUGGUAAAUUCGACUUCUUUCAUCAUAUUCGAUUCAAUAAGUUGUCGGUAAAACUAAAAAAUUCAGAAGAAAAGAAAGCAUAUGAAGUGGAAGAAGGAAAUUUGGAAAUAUUCUUUCUUAAACAAAAGCAAAAAAAGAUGAAAAUUGAAUCAUCCGAUGAUGUUAUCGAGCCAGCAGAAAAGCGAAGUAGAAUUGAAGAAACAGAUCCGAUUCAGGAAAACACAGAUCUUAAUAAAGAAAAUGUUCCAACCGUUUUAAUUAAUCAAGUUAUUCCAUCAUCAAAUCCUACUACUUCAAUGCCAAUUAUACGUCCUCAACUGCAGGAAAUUACUGAUUUAACAUCAUUUCCUGCUCCUCAAACAUUCUCACCUUUCAAUGAUUUACAAUCAUUUGUCCAACAGUCAACUCUUAAUCAAUUUAUGCCAAUGCCAAUUCGUUCACAACAAUUUCUAUCAUUCGAUCCAACUAUGAUCCUUUCAAGCAAUCCUGAUAUGUCUCAUAAUGUUAACUCAUCACAAUUUCCCAUGCAACAAAAUCAUUUCAAUUAUUUAUCAUUUGCUUAUCCGUUCUCAUCAAUGGCAUUUUUCCAACAGCCAUGUGGUCCAACAAUUAAUGCUGCAACUACAAAUUAUACUGCUUAUAAUAACAAUCCUUUUCUAACCAAUUCGAGAAAUACGUUAAGAUCAUCGACGUUUAAUAUCGAUUCAAUAUUGGGUAAUAGAGAAAUUCACACAGAUAAUGAAAUGAAACAUCCUACUUCUACCAGUCAUCCUAUCAUUAAUCAGUAUGAUCAACAUUCAUUACUUCAUCAAUGCUCGUAA